AUGACUCGGGAGGGGCGAACAGGGGAGGGAGAGAAGGGCUCAUGGGGAGCAAGGCCUGGAGGGUACCAGCUGCAAAAGGAGAACGCCUUCAGUGCAUCAGCUCAGGUCGGCCAUGCCCAGCAUCCACCUUUCUGGAUGCCACUUGAGGACACGCAGAUCUGGGGAAAGUCUCCUCUGCAGGUGCAGAAAGUGGUAUCCAGCUCAGCUGUCUACUUCUCCAUCCUGAGGAACCCUGUGCAGCUCAUGGAGUCCUCCUUCAUGUACUACAAGGGCGCAUCGGCUUUCUCCCGUGCUCGCAGCCUGGAGGAGUUCCUCAGCCAGCCCUACCACUACUACAACCCUGCAAAGAGUGACAGCCACUAUGCCAAGAACCUCAUGACAUUUGACUUUGGCUUCAACCCCAAUGGAGAGGCCUCUGCUAAGCGGGUGCAACUCAUGCUGAAGGCCAUCGAGGCGUCCUUUGAUUUGCUCCUCAUCUCCGAGUACUUCGACGAGUCCAUGGUGCUGCUGAAGGAGAUACUGUGCUGGGACUUGGACAGCGUCGUCUCCUUCCCGCUCAACAUCAGGGACAGCAGCACCAAGUCCCCCCUCUCGGACACCAUCGUGGAGAAGAUAAAGGACUGGAACAGGCUGGACUGGGAAAUCUACACCUACUUCAACAGGACUUUCUGGGAAAGGAUCGACCGAGACAUUGGCAGGGAGCGCAUGCAGCGGGAAGUAAAGGCGCUUCGGGAGAGGCAGGCAGAGCUGGCGAGGACCUGCCUGCAAGGGACGGGCAGCGUGGCCCCGAAGGACAUCAAGGACUCUUCCCUGCAGCCCCUGCAGCACGGCAAUGCAAAGAUCUUGGGCUAUAACCUCAAGCAGGGCUUGGACAAGGAGAUGGAGCACAUGUGCCGGCGGCUGGUGACCCCGGAGCUGCAGUACAGCAGCGCGCUCUACAAGAAGCAGUUUGCCCGCAAGCCCCCCCAGCCCCACCAGCCUGCUCCCUCUCAGCAGGGCAAUGCCCUGCGGCACAAGCUGGAGGGCACCCAAAACUGAGCCUCCUUUUCCCCUCCAGGCAUCGUUCUCUAGCCACCUUUGCUGAGGACAGCAAGGUGCUCACCUCCUGGACUCUGGGGCUGCUUUUGCCUCAGGGCAGGGGGUAGCUGCCCACGAGAGCCCCCAGCCACCUCCAUGCAGGACUGUGCACAAGCUCUUGGGUGCUACAUACUGCCGUUGCUGCGGAGCAGGACAGGCUGCAAUGGGGGGGGUCCCAGGGGCUCAACACAACAUGACUCUUCCAGGGUAGGUCCUGAGCAAACAGGGCAAAAACCGCUGACUGGCAGCUGAAGCCUUGAAGGAGGCGAUCCGGGGGGAGUCUGCGCUGCGUAGUACCAACUCCAGUGGCGAGGAGCAGCACCAGGAGGGCAGCCCAAGUCCUCGGCCCCAUGACGGAGACCAUAACAGCACAUGGCCAAGCUGUAAAUCAGAGCUGCGGAGCUUGAUUUACAGCUUGGGAACAAGUCUGUCCAGCUGCGACUCUCCUCCACUACACCUUAAUGCUACUGUGCUGGAAAAGCAGCCUCUUAAUUACAAAUAACAAUAUUCACCAUCACUCCUAUUAAGUUCCCCUUAAUUACAUCAGUCUGCCCAGUAGAUGGUCUC